GCAAGAAAGACUGCUCUCGCACUUGUGCUUUUGUUAGUCCUACAGAAGAGGCAGAGAAACAAGAGAUAACAAAGGCUGUUUCCUUUCUGUGAGAGAAGGCUUUUGUCUUUCCUCCUGCAACGAUGUCAGUGUCUGGCAAGAAAGAGUUUGAUGUGAAACAGAUCCUAAGGCUACGCUGGAGGUGGUUUAGUCAUCCUUCUCAAGGUUCGCCCAACACUGGAAACUGCCUUCAGCAGGAAGGAUAUGAGCAUAGAGGGACCCCGGUUCAGGGCAGGUUGAAGAACCACUCUCGGGACAGAAAUGGACUGAAGAAAAGCAAUAGUCCUGUCCACCACAACAUACUGGCACCAGUGCCAGGAUCGGCCCCUGCCCAUCAAAGAGCCCUUCAGAAUUGGCACUCACAAAACCUGAUAGAACAUCUUCGAUCAAAUGAAGAUACUCCUAAAGCAGUUCCAGAAGAGAAUUUGUUUAAAGAAGCUUGUGAGAAACACUCACAAGAUUUGGAGAUGAUGGCUGAUGACAAUACAGAAGAUUCUACAGCAAGAUUAGAUACACAGCAUCCUGAAGAAAUGAAUGUUAGCAGAUCUGAGGAGCAGUUCCAUGCUGUAAACCAUGCGGAACAAACUCUUCAUAAAAUGGAGAACUACCUGAAAGAGAAACAAUUGUGUGAUGUGCUACUCAUUGCUGGACACCUCCGAAUCCCAGCCCAUCGGUUGGUUCUCAGUGCAGUGUCGGAUUAUUUUGCUGCAAUGUUUACUAAUGAUGUGCUUGAAGCCAAACAAGAAGAGGUCAGGAUGGAAGGAGUCGAUCCUAAUGCACUUAAUUCCUUGGUGCAGUAUGCUUACACAGGUGUCCUGCAAUUGAAAGAAGAUACUAUUGAAAAUUUGCUGGCUGCAGCUUGUCUCCUGCAGCUGACUCAAGUCAUUGAAGUCUGCUCCAAUUUUCUUAUAAAACAGCUCCACCCUUCAAACUGCUUAGGGAUUCGAUCGUUUGGAGAUGCCCAGGGCUGUACAGAGCUCCUGAGUGUGGCACAUAAAUACACAAUGGAACACUUCAUCGAGGUAGUAAAGAACCAAGAAUUCCUCCUGCUUCCAGCUAAUGAGAUUUCAAAACUUUUAUGCAGUGAUGACAUUAAUGUUCCUGAUGAAGAAACUAUUUUCCAUGCUCUAAUGCAGUGGGUAAGGCAUGAUGUGCAGGCUAGGCAACGAGACCUAGCAAUGCUGCUUUCUUACAUCAGACUGCCAUUACUUCCACCACAGUUACUGGCAGAUCUUGAAAACAGUUCCAUGUUUACUGGUGAUCUUGAGUGUCAGAAGCUCCUGAUGGAAGCUAUGAAGUAUCAUCUCUUACCUGAAAGAAGACCCAUGAUGCAAAGCCCUCGGACGAAGCCUAGAAAAUCAACUGUGGGAGCACUUUAUGCUGUGGGAGGCAUGGAUGCCAUGAAAGGUACCACUACAAUCGAAAAAUAUGACCUCAGGACCAACAGCUGGCUACAUAUUGGCACCAUGAGUGGCCGUAGGCUUCAGUUUGGAGUUGCUGUUAUUGAUAAUAAGCUCUACGUCGUGGGAGGAAGAGAUGGUUUAAAAACUUUGAAUACUGUGGAAUGUUUUAAUCCAGUUGGCAAAAUCUGGACGGUGAUGCCUCCCAUGUCAACACAUAGGCAUGGCUUAGGCGUAGCCACACUUGAAGGACCAAUGUAUGCUGUUGGUGGUCAUGAUGGAUGGAGUUAUCUAAACACUGUAGAAAGAUGGGACCCUGAGGGACGUCAGUGGAAUUAUGUGGCCAGUAUGUCAACUCCUAGAAGCACCGUUGGUGUUGUCGCAUUAAACAACAAGCUAUAUGCUAUUGGUGGACGUGAUGGAAGUUCCUGCCUCAAAUCUAUGGAAUACUUUGACCCACAUACUAACAAAUGGAGUCUGUGUGCUCCAAUGUCCAAAAGACGUGGAGGUGUGGGAGUUGCAACAUACAAUGGAUUCUUAUAUGUUGUUGGGGGUCAUGAUGCCCCUGCUUCUAACCAUUGCUCCAGACUUUCUGACUGUGUGGAACGGUAUGAUCCAAAAAAUGAUUCAUGGUCAACUGUGGCACCUCUGAGUGUUCCUCGAGAUGCUGUUGCUGUAUGUCCCCUUGGAGACAAACUCUAUGUGGUUGGAGGAUAUGAUGGACAUACUUAUUUGAACACUGUUGAGUCAUAUGAUGCACAGAAAGAUGAAUGGAAAGAGGAAGUUCCUGUUAACAUUGGAAGAGCUGGUGCAUGUGUUGUGGUGGUGAAGCUACCAUAAAGCUAUCUUUAUCAAAAGGAAGGAAACUGGAUAAUUUCAAGAAGUGGAGUAGGAAGAGGAGAGGAAGAAGAAAUAUGUUCUUUCCUUCAAUUAGUAAUCAAACAUGAAAAUUAUUGUGUCAUUUUAAUAUGUAGUUAUAAAUGCUCUCAUUUGUGAAGCCAAAGCAAGCUUUCAAACAUUAAUUACAUAUAGGUGUUUAGUGUAUAUGUUGUUGCAGCUAAUAAUAUAAAUGAAAAUCCAAUAGUCUAGGUUUAGCCUCGUUACUUUAAAAUGUUAAAAUGUUUAAGGGAAAUUGAUAGUGACCAAAGUAUAAA